AUGGUGUUUGGCACGAUCACCCGCAGUCCAGGAAAGAGAAGGACGAAAGCCAAGGGAAAUAAGUGCAUAAUAAUCCCGGGGCAUGCUAGAAAACGCGACGCAGCACUGGCGCGUAUAGCAAAACUCUUAGCUGCAUCGAACAACCAGGUACCAGCAGUGGAGGGAUAUCUAGACACGCAAGUAGCUAGUGGAAGUUUGGGAGGCGUAGAUGCGGAUAUGGUUAGUGCGAGCGAGACAGCUGAUGUCGAAAUAGACGGGACGGUGCUCGACAACAGCGACAAUGACGCGCCAAUUCUAUCAGAUGAUGAUACCAACAACACGCCAAUCCCACCACAAAACGAUCUAUAUCCCCCACCUACUGAAGACUCCUUGAGAACUGCCAUUGCAGCGCGCCUCAGUAAUGCUAUGCAGGUUAAUCUACGCUGGAAACAGCUCCUACCUACGCUAUUGUAUUGUGAAAAUAUGGAAAGAACUCUAUAUUUUGUGUAG